GAUGUUGCUGAUUCUUUAAACAACCUUGGUUUGGUGUUUGAAAAAACUGAAAACUACGACAAAGCUAUAAAGGUUCACGAAAAAGCUCUAAUCAAUCUUGGUAAUGUGUACUAUAAUACUGAAAUCUACGACAAAGCUAAAAAGUUUUACGAAAAAGCUCUAGAAAUUAAAGCUUUAAAUUUUUACGAAAAAGCUCUAGAAAUUCGAAAACAAUCGUUAGAUCCAAAUCAUGUUGAUGUCGCUCAGUCUUUAAACAAUCUUGGUGAUGUGUUUUAUGAAACUGUAAACUACGACAAAGCUAUAGAGUUUCACGAAAAAGCUCUAGAAAUUCGAAAACAAUUGUUGGGUCCAAAUCAUGUUGAUGUUGCUGUUUCUUUAAACAAUCUUGGUUUGGUGUUUGAAAAAGCUGGAAUUUACGACAAAGCUAUAGAGGUUAACGAAAAAGCUCUAGAAAUUCGAAAACAAUCGUUAGGUCCAUGUCAUGUCGCUGUUGCUCAGUCUUUAAACAAUCUUGGUUUGGUGUUUUAUAAAAUUGGAAACUACGACAAAGCUAAAGAGGUUCACGAAAAAGCCCAAGAAAUUCGAAAACAAUCAUUAGGUCCAAGUCAUAAUCUUGGUUUGGUCUUUGAAAAAACUGGAAAGUACGUCGAAGCUAAAGAGGUUCACGAAAAAGCUCUGGAAAUUCGAGAACAAUCGUUAGGUCCAAAUCAUGUUGAUGUGGCUUCGUCUUUACACAAUCUUGGUAUGGUCUUUGAAAAAACUGGAAAGUACGACGAAGCUAAAGACGUUCACGAAAAAGCUCUAGAAAUUAGAAAACAAUCGUUAGGUCUAAAUCAUGUUGAUGUUGCUGCGUCUUUAAACAAUCUUGGUAUGGUGUAUUAUGAUACUGGAAAGUACGACAAAGCUAUAGAGUUUCACGAAAAAGCUCUAGAAAUUCGUAAACAAUCGUUAGGUCUAAAUCAUGUUGAUGUUGCUGCGUCUUUAAACAAUCUUGGUAUGGUGUAUUAUGAUACUGGAAAGUACGACAAAGCUAUAGAGUUUCACGAAAAAGCUCUA